AUGGCUGUUCGAAAUCUUAAUCUGCCAACCUUUCCAGAGUUUUCCACAGAAGAUGUGUCUACAUUCAGUUCGCGCUGGAAGAAGUAUAAACAAAGAUUUGAACUUUUGUGUCACGCUAUUGGUGUCACAGAUGAGUCUCAAAAACUAGCUAUGUUGUUUACUUACGUUGGAGAUAGCACGUAUGAAAUAUAUGAAAAUGUUAAGCCUGAACGCGAAGAAGAUGUAACAUAUCCGAAUGUCAUCGCGCCGUUAGAAAAACACUUCGAACCACAAGUAAAUAAAAGUUACGAAACAUAUUUAUUUCGCAAUAUAAUACAGCAGGAAGAUGAAAUGAUACAUCAGUAUUUUAUACGAUUAAAAGAACAAACAGUAAAAUGUGACUUUCACGAUAAAAAUUUGGAAAUCAAAAGACAGAUUGAACUUUCUACUACUAACAACAAGUUACGUUUAUAUAGCUUCAGAAAUCCUGAUAAAACCUUGGAAGAAAUACUGGUGACAGGAAAGACUUUAGAAAGCACCAUACAGCAAGCAGAAGUUCUUCAAAAAACACAGGCGAACGAUACAGAGCGAAUCAACGAAUUGCGGUCGGUUUACACCGACCGCCAAGGUAAGCCACAUUCUUUAAACCGACGAGGAAUGAGUAAAAGAGGCCGACCUCAAAAUGCCAAAUGUUAUCGUUGUGAUGGACCAUUUCCCCAUCAAAACAGAUGCCCUGCUGAAAACCAAAUUUGUAACGCAUGUGGAAACCAGGGUCACUUUUCAAAAUGUUGUAGAACCAAAACAUAUCGACAUCAAAACACCCAAGCACGUCUGGGGAGGGGAUCCUUUUACCAAUCAAGACAGCCCUUGAAUAACGUUACUCAUUCGCCGUUAAACGAUUUUUCUGCUAUGCAAAAUACCCUUGAAGCUGAAAGUGAUGAUGAAAUGUUAUUUUCUAUCCAAACUUUGUAUGAUUGUGAACAUCCUAUGAUUAAUACUGUGUCUUAUUCGUCUGAUGUUGUGAAUUCUCCAUUCGAUAGCACAGAAAACACAAGUAACAGUAACCACAGUUAUAAGAAUAGUAAGCAAAAUUCUGAUUUCAAUACUGUUGUUAAAUUAGAAGGAGGAAAAGUAAAUUUUCUAGUCGAUACAGGAGCUAGCAUUAACAUUCUCACAUUGCGUACUUUCAAUCAGUUAAACGAACGCCUUCCAAAAAAAUUAAAUCUACUCAAAACAAAAACAAGCGUCGUAACGUACGGAAGUGACACUUGA